AUGGACUCAAUCGCGAGGAACGCGGGGACCCCUCACCCGUACGACACCGAGGAAGUGAAUCGGCAGCCCGCCUUCGCCUCAAGCUCUGCCAAGGACGACGCCAGCGUUUCUCUCCACCCCGGUGCGAAGCGCCUCUUCGAUCGCGUACCGGUACUGCGUUGCAUUCCUAUCUUCGGCGAGGCCUGUGAGGCAUACGGCCCCGGGUGUAUUAUCAGCCUCGCCCUCUCCUACCUACUUUGUAAGGGCAUCGCUUAUAAUAUUUUUAAUUUCUCUUUCUACCCUAUGUUUCAAACACGUUUUGGUAUAGAUGCAGGCCGCUACCAGCGGCUCUUCGCCGUUAUGAAACUUGCUUGGGCCAUGAAGGCCUUCACUGCUAUGCUAUGCGAUACAUUCGCCUUCCUCGGCUACACCAAGCGCUGGUACAUGUUUGCAUCGUGCGUAAUGGGCAGUGUGUUCGCGCUGCUCUACGGCCUGCUGCCAGCCAAGCCGUCGUCCGCUGAUUUUGCUACUGUUUUUGCCUCUUUGAGUAACUAUGGUAUUGCCACUGUGGACAUUCUUUCCGAAGGCUAUUACAGCCGUCUUAUGCGUAGGAUCCCCAAGGCUGGGCCAGCACUGGUGAGCUGGGUUUGGUGGAUCAUUACCAUAGGGUGUUUGCUGGCUUCUAUCCUCCAGGGCCCGUUAUCCGAUCUUAAUAUGCCGCAAGUCGGGGUGUUCAUCGCCGCUGGGCUGCAGUUCCUUGCAUCUUUGAUCUACCUCUUCAACCUGUACAGCGAGAAGACGAACCGCGAGGAGCGCAUUAAAGAUGCAGGUAAUAUGCACAAGAAGCUACUCCUGGAGCUCGAGAAGAGGAAAGCCCUAUGCUGCAAGGAGGGGAAGGAAGGCAGUCUCGGUGUGGAUCAGGGAAAGGCUCUACAGUUGUUGGAGGUGAGCCCAGAGCUUCUGCUGCCGCAGCCGAUCAGCGGUUGUUGUGGACUUAUCGAGAUCAACAAGGAGGUCGUCAUGCGGAACAAGAGGGUUGUUGUACUCAGCAUUGUCAUGACAGUCGCGGCCAUAAUCAUGGCUUUCGGCAACCUUUUCGUAGGUAAGCUAGGGUUACUUAUUAUCUGCGUAGUGGUGUCGCUGGUGUGCUCUGCGAUGUCCUUCUGGGCACUGCCGCUGAUUAUUGCUAAGGCUAACGUCCAGAUGUACCUUAAUAUUGUGCUUUACAUACAGUUACCAGGUCUCCUGGACAGCUUCUACCUCGCUAAAGAAGAUUGCCUUCUUGACGGGCCGCACUUCUCAAAUACUUUCUACAAUACUAUUGCCGUGGGUAUCAUCGGGAACCUGACUGGUUUAGUCGUUAUUACGGCCUUCAAUUAUAUCUUCUCGAAGUGGAAAUACCGUCUAUGCAUAAUUGCAACAACACUACUAUGGAUGUUUGCCUCCAUCUUCGACAUCAUCAUACUUAAACGUUGGAACAUAAGGAUCGGCAUUCCCGAUCACGCCAUGUACGUUUGCGGUGACGCUAUCAUUGGAAAUGUGUGCCUCAUGCUUUCAUGGAUGCCACCGGGAGUACUGCUGUCGCGUCUGUGCCCGCGCGGCUCCGAGAGUACGGUGUAUGCUCUCCUAGCCGGCUUUUCCAACCUCGGUGCGGCCACCAGCACCUCGAUAGGUGCCAUCCUGAUGGAGUAUGUGUGGCCCAUUAAAAGUAAUCCGCCAUGCGACUUCAAAAAUGGCCCGUGGCUCGUCAUUGUCGGUCACAUCCUCUUACCGCUCCUGAUCAUCCCGGGGACCCUUUUAUUGCCAAACGUCCGUAUCUCUGACGAGAUCGACAUCGAUGGCAACGUGAUAUCGAAAACGACACAAGAAGAGCCUCACAUGAAGCCUGCCAAGGACAGCAACGAGGUCCACUGA